AUGCUGAAAAAGUACAAUAACAAAAAGUCUAGUCAAAAUAGUAAGAGUAAACUACUUAAAUCGAAAGUGGUAGAAUAUGACGACUACGAUCCCAUGACCAUGCAAAGUGAUAUGCCAAGUAGAAACGACUUGGAUUCUGGGGAAGCCGAUGGUCAAGCCAAUAAUGGCAAUUUAAAUCCAAGCAUUUUGGAAAAGUUUAAUCUCACAAGAGAAGAUUUACUUGCUCUGUCCACUAAAAUGCAGAACAAUGGUAAAUCUGGAUCGAAUGGAAGACUGGAUUUUACUACAAAUGGACGUGCUGAAACUGAAGGGACACAACAAGAUGCAUCAAUUACUAUGUCGCCACAACCACUUCGAGAAGUUUUUAAUUUGACAGUCAAUGGGGAUGGCAAAGUUCAGUACGAUCGAAAUCUGACUGAGGAGGAGUUGGCAGAAAGGGCAAAGCAGUUGGCUUUACAACAAAUAAAGAAAUCGAUGCUAACUUAUUUCGUUCACUCCGGAACUCAAUCCGGGACCAAGGUGGCCGAUCAGACCCAACUGGAGCGAGAAAGACCGGCAAAUUUAAACAGAAAACCCAUUCAACAAAGACAUAUUUCCGAAGCUCACAGAGUAUUUUUAUCUCAUGCGCAACAAAUGCAGGAUCAACCAUCCGAUAUGUCACUGUCGAGGAACAAUGCAGACAUUGAUAUGUUAAGCUCAACUUUUACCGAGAAAAACAUUGCUUUUCAUCCGAGAUGCGAAUUACCAAAAAACACAGAUGCUGAAUCUUGGAACGAUAGCGAUGCUCUAAAUUUACUAUUUAACGUCUCAUCCAGCAUAAGACCAGAGAAGCCCAAUUUAACCUUAGAAACAGCAACACUUAGGAUAUAUAUAAUCUCUCCGGAUUCUGCAAAUUCAAAACAUCGUUCCAGAAACGACGAUCAAAUCAGGAUAUCAGUGUCAUGGUACACCAGGUCGCUGAAGAAACAAAGAGUAAAAAGGAAGCUAUCUGAUUCAAAAAUGGUGCAUUCGUCUUUUACCGGUUGGAUAGAAUUAAAUUUAAAAGGAGCGGUUUCUUCCUGGAAAACCACGGCGAGGAACCAUGGAAUUGCUAUCACUGUUGAAGAUCAAGAGGGCAAUGCGCUAAGAGCAGACUCUUAUAUUCAAAAACACGAUUGUGCAAAUUUAUAUCCUCGUCCAUUUCCCUGGCUGGUCCACAAGAAACUACCUUACGACGACACGGAUAUAAGUUACCGAUUUCCUCGCCUCGAUAUUUUAACUCGAGAAUUAGUCGACUACAACUAUCAAGGUUUGCCAAGUUUGGUAGAAAACAUCCACAAUGCGCCAAGUGCGCACCAAGCUGGACUUUGAAAUUAAAUCAGAUAUAGAAUGUUAAUGGAAAGGAUUGAAGAUCUGUAAAUAAAUUUUAUUUGUUACUGUUUACUUACUAAAAUAAGUCUGAAUGUUAAUCUAGAGUGAUUUUCGAUGAAUUGAUUAGAUUAGACAGCCCCAAAUUUAACCUACGGGUUAUCUAUUUUCGGGUCAUGAGUGUAAAGGAUGAAUGUCCUAGAAUUAUUUAUGAUAAGUUAUCCUCUUAAUUAUUUAAGACCAGUGACUUUUGGCUUAAGUUAAAAGUAUAUGGAAAUUUUUUGUUCAAUUUUUAUUUAUUAUUUAUAAUCAUUCACCAAAUUAAUUUUAACUUAAGAAAAAAUAUUUAUUAUAUAAGAUAGAAUUGUUUG